UAUUUGGAUCUAAUUUCUAAAAAAAAACAUUUUAUAUAACAUAGAACUAAUGUGCAACCCUCUUAUCCAUGGGAGGUGUUUUCCUAAUUGUAUGACGAACGAAACAUUCUCCUUUUUUAUCAAAUGUCGCACAUAUUUAGUUUUAUCGCAAUUUUGAUAAUCAAUACAUAGAUUUAUGAUGCGUCAGCCAAUAAUUAUCUCAGUGAUGUACAUGAAACUGAGAUGAUUGAUGCUAUUGCUUAACUUUGUCAUUAUACAAGACAUUCCUAACAUUAUAUGGUUUAAUGUUGCGCACAAAUAAUAGCAAUGACUACUAAUAUAUAUUAGUAGUCGUUGAAUAGACCGCAUGGCAUUUUCAAGACUAUAACAUAAAAUUAUAUCAACCUAAUGCUUGUUAUAACAAUAAAUUAUCAAACCAAUAAGGAACACGGGUGAAGAACUAAUCCCAUCAAAAGCGGAUCAUAAAUAGAUGUUCUUAUCUUUGUUAUAAAAUAAAAGUAGCCUAAGAGAUUAAUCGAUUAAUUGUAGACCCUACACCUUUCAUUAAUGAGCUAAUUUUGAAGCAAGCUUACAUAGCGGAAGGGUAUCAACAUGAGCGACAACGAGAUAAUUCCCAAAAAUCAACGACUUUUUUUGAUCACGCAGGGGUGUUUUCAUAUUCUGAUGGGGAUUUUUGUGGCGUCGACGGUAUGGCUGAUGGCCUACAAUAGAGACUGGGGAUCAAUGCACACUUGGCAUGUUUUUCUCAGCACAAUUGGGUUUGCCUUACUAAUGGCUGAAGCAGUUGCAAUGCAAAAUCCUGGAAAUGGUUUCUUUUUGGGCUACGGCAAAAUAGCGAGAGGAUUUCUUCAUGGGGUUUUGAUGCUGUUGGCUACCACUGCCGUGCUUGCGGGAGUUUCAAUCAAAAUUCAGGAUAAAGCACUUAAUAACCGGAGUCAUUUUACUACCACACACGGAAUAGUCGGUUUUGUUUCAUACCUACUAACCAUGCUGUCCUUCUUGGGAGGAAUCUUGCUAUUUUUUGUAAAACUUGUUCUGAGGAUUUGUAACCUUAGGCCAAUAUACUUGAGAAAGUGUCACACGUUCCUUGGAAUUAGCGCCUAUGCUUUAGGCAUUGUGUCUCUAUGUUUUGGGCUGCGUAACUAUUUUUCCGAAGCCUCCUAUCAUACUAAUACUGGAUUUAUUGUGAUUUUAGGCACAUAUACCGGCUUGAACCUCAUAGGCCCCGUUAAAAAUUUGUUUAGCCCCUAAUUGUAGGAAACUGAUUUAAAUCACAUCAUGUAAAAAAUUAAUGAAAAAUAAAAAACGCUUGAUUAA